AGUCAAGGUGGGAUAAAUUUGCAUUACUCUUUAUUCCUGUAAGCAGACUGGUUAUUAAGCAUGUAUUACUGUGAAUAAGCAUAAACAAAGUACAUAACAUCCUACAUAAUGUUGUAGUUUUCUCUAUUAGCAGUGCUCGUAUUCUGGCUGCAUUUAACGGUGUUUAUUUCCGUCCUUUUUACCAUCAGGAACAAGAGAAAACUCUGCAGUGUUUGGAUUAAGUGACAAUGAAGGAGGACAGUGAUGUUACUAACGUCCCUGAGUGCUUCAUAUCAGAUCAUGAAGGUUUUCUCGGCAGCAUCAAAAACUUAAUCAAAGACUUCGUCGUGACUGAGAUUGACAUUAAUGGACAGCAUGUUAACACAGCAUCAGAAACACAGACUCCAGCCUGUGCUUCAUCUCAUAAAUACAAUGAAGCCAGUGCAGACAGUAUGGAGAACAGUCACCAGUCAGUCUUCCAGGAAGCUGAUGAUUCAGGUGAUUGUGGUGCAGAUGCCACCGUUCCUAGUCCAUGCAGCUUUGAUUUAAGUGUGAUUCUAGGCCAGGCUGUCAGCGAGGAGCUCGAGCAGUUUGUGUUGACUCUCAAAGAUGAAAACACAGCCAAACAGGAGCUUUCUUUGGGACACUUCCCAGACAAGCACCACAGAGCCAACGUCCACCGAGCGGUCAGACACCGCUUCCCUUUCCUCAUGACAGUCACCAUCCAGCCAGAGAUCAGGGUGAGAGAAGACCCAGACUACAGGGAGCUCUCCCAGCUGGUCUCAGAGGACGAAGCGGAGGACUUCUUCAGGUUCAUAGAUGCCAAAGUGAGAGGUUCGUCAUAUACCUUUGGACCUGAUGACAGCAAGGAGCAUAGGACGGUAGUGCACCACUUUCUGAGCAGAAGGUUUGGGAAACUGGUGGAGACGAAGAGCUUCAGUGACCUGGGAAAGACAGCCAUCACCGUCCGGCUGAGGGAGCAAGGGAGGCCGAAGAAGAGGACCACAGAGGAACGAAAGGAGGAGGAGGUUUACACUGCUUUCACUCUGUGUAAGGAGAACCUGGAGACUCUGGAGGCCAUCAGCUACAUGGCUGCAGCUCUCGGGGUCCUGCCGUCAGAUUUCACCUACGCUGGGAUCAAAGACAAAAGAGCCAUCACGUACCAGUCCAUGGUGGUCAAGAAAGUCUCACCUCAACGGUUGAGAGAGAAGUCAGCAGAGUUUGAGAAGAGAGGCAUGCGCCUGUCUCAGAUCCUCCCUGUCAGUGAGCCUCUCAGGCUCGGGCGGCUGCAGGGGAACCACUUUGACCUGGUGGUGCGAGAUCUGAGACCACACGAGGCCGGUGACACACACUCCUCAGGUGGAAACUCACACACUCAUCUGACAGCGCUGGUUAAGGAAGCAGUGGAGAAUGUCAAGGCGAGAGGUUUUGUCAACUACUACGGACCCCAGAGGUUUGGAACAAUGCAGAGUGUUCAGUCUGACCAUGUAGGGCUGGCUUUACUCAAAGAGGACAUGGUGGGUGCUGUGCGCCUCUUCUUCACUCCAGAGGAAGGUGAUGAUCCUCAGAGCCAGGCUAAGAGACACUUUAUGCAAACAGAUAACGCUAAGGAGUGUUUAGCAUUGAUGCCGUCCUCGAAGGCGAGGGAACGACUGAUGCUCCGUGCCCUGAACCGUUACGGCACAGGUCCUGAUGGUUGUGCUCAGGCCUGGCUCAGCCUGCCCCACAGCACUAGAGUCUUCUACCCACACGCCUACUGCAGCAGAGUGUGGAACGAGGCGGUGGCACACAGGCUGACUACUCUGGGCCACAGAGUCAGGAGAGGAGAUCUGGUGUGGAUGCAGGAAGAGCAAAAUAAGCCAGGGGACACUGGAGACACAGGCUCACCUCAGAUCCAUGUGGUUACAGAGCAAGAGGAGCAGGAGGGAGUGUACACACUGGGACAUGUGUUACUUCCCAUGCCAGGAAACACAGUGAAAUAUCCGGAAAACUCCAUGGGGACCUGGUUCAAAGAAAGGUUGGCCAGAGACGGACUGGACAAUUGUCGUUUCAGAGUCAGCGGCCUCAAACUCAAUCUGCCUGGAUGCUAUCGCCCUCUGCUGGCUUCUCCACGUAACCUCCGUUACCAGCUGAAUACCCCAGCCCGAGGGGAACGAGGAGGAAGAGGAGACGAAAAGGAGGCUUUCGGGAGCAGCAGUAUGAGUGAUUGGCAGCUGAAUGGAGCGACAGUAGGAGGAAAGCAGGACUCACUCACUCUGACACUAAACUUUGACCUGGACUCAUCCUGCUACGCAACUAUCUGCCUCAGAGAGAUCAUGAAGUGUGACCCUUAGAGAUCAGCUACAGUCCGACUCCUGUUUUCCCAACAGACUUUUUCUUGUUUUUGAGUUUAAGAAAAACUUUUGUAACCCACUGUUGUGACGUAUUAUCAGGAACCUUUUAGUUUGUUGUUAAGGUAAUGAGCGAAAGAAUGGGAGAAAAAAGGACAAUGUGCAAAUGUAGGUGUAAAACCACCUAACCAGCACUUGUGUUUUGUGCCAUGAAUAAUAGUGAUUCCACCCAACAGUAUUUUGCUUUUUAUAAAGUAAAUGUGUAUUAGUGUCCAUUACUUUGAAGUCAUUUAAAAUGUUUUUGGAAGAAAAGAAAACCCAGUAUAGUUUCCUUUAAAAUAGUAUUACUUAACAAUUACAGGCAGUGUAAGUUGAGCAGAAUGAAAAGCAUGAAGGACUUUGACAGACUUACCAGUGUGCUGUUUUCUGAAACCUUUUAUACUCCAUCAGCCAAUCAGGGAGGAGCCCUAAUUAGUGUCACUCUGACCCAGGUGCGAUCAAUCUUCACACACCUGGAGUUAACGAGGCCUUCUCAGGAGGUCUGAUUAAAACAUACACGAUGUGAAUGACAAACAUUUGCUUUGAUUAGGAGUUAAAAGAUGAGGAAGAAUUAAUAUGAACAAAAAACAUUUAAAAAGGGAAAACUUCUCAUGGUGUCACAGUGUCACAUUUUAUAAACAUAGAUACAGAAGUGCAAAGGAAUGAGCACUUUCCUCUCAAAGAUACUUAAAAAUACUAAGCUUCAUGACAGAAGGAUAAAACAAACAGGUAGAUCCAAGAGUCUGCAGCUAUUCUAUAUUUCUCUCACUUAGCCAUAAUUGGUCACAGAAUAAAGUGGAGUUGGAGAAGUGUUGUCUCUCCGCUAUAACUCGGUUUCUCCCCCCAGCAAAAAAGUUGUUUUGAUUAAAAUCCCGUUUUUUUUUUCUGAGAAGAAUCAGAUGCUUUGAUUUAACACAGACCUUUAAUGUUUUAAGAAGUAUGAUAGGGUAUUUUUGUCUUUAGAAAAUAUUAUUGAGAGCUUCUUGGGUGCAUCUUUGUGCAUUGUGGACUGAUUAAUACAUCCAUCAGAAACCUGAAAAUGUCAAAUUUACUUUGAGUUGCUGGUUUGUUGGGUAUGUCGAACCUUUUUAAGAGACAUAAUGAUGGGAGGUUUGAUAACAAAAACUGGACAGUACCUAUGAAACACCAAAUGUAACUGGCAGCUUAUUAUAUUCAUGCACAGUGGCUGAUUUCAUUUAUUUUGUCACUUUACAUUGUGAAGAUGCCGCAUAAGAACAAUUAAAAACAGUGUUUGACAUGUA